AUGGAUAGAAUUAUUGAUACCGUUAUUCCAAUGCAACAGUCAGACAACAAUGAUUGUCUGAAUAAACGAGACAGAUUUCGACUAGCAAAAACAGCUCUUCGAAUUUAUCUUCGUACUUUUUGGAUGGAUUAUCUUUCAAUGAGUAUAUUAGGAGGCCUUACUCUCGCUAUUCAUUCACGUCAAUCGGCACCAAAUCGUAUUUUUGCAGUUUAUUCUCGUACUGGUAAAAUCGUUUAUCCAGAAAUUAGUUAUCCAUUUCAUAGAAAUUUGAUUCCAUCGUGGUUAGCUGGUCUAUUAGCAUUUAUUAUUCCAUUUAUAUUUAUUAUGUUAAUGCAAAUACGUGUAAAAAGUUUUGAUGAUGUUAAUACAGCAACAAUGGGUUUAUUUUAUUCAUUAUUAACUUCUACGACUUUCCAAGUAUUUAUGAAAUGGCUUAUUGGUGGUUUAAGACCACAUUUCUUUUCUGUUUGUAAACUAAAUAUCAAUCGAACAAGUUUUAGUGCGGGACAAGGUUUUGAUGUUCUAAUGUUUGAUCGUUCAAUAUGUACAGGAGAUAAAAUGGAUAUAGAUGGUGCUCUAAAAUCAAUGCCAUCAGGACAUACAACAAUAAUAUUUGCUGGUCUUGUUUAUUGUUCUUUGUAUCUUAAUGGAAAAUUGAAAAUAUUUUCUAAUUAUCGUCUACAAUAUUGGAAAUUUGUUCUUUUUUUUUGUUCCAAUACUUAUUGCUUUGGUUCAACUAUUGGAACAAUGUUUGCCUUUGGAUCAUACCGUUUUCAAUAUACUGAUAUUUGGAAUUAUCGACUGAAUCAUAUACCAUUGCCAAGAUUAGAAACAGAUCAUUUAGACAAUUCUACAAGUACUUCAAAAAGAGGUGGAUGGGAUCAGAGACAUAUUCGUAGAGUAUCUUUUCAUGCCACAAAGACAUUAUCACUUUCAUCUACGUAUUUCUAA